UGAGAGAAGCUCAUCAAAAUCUCCAUUUUCAUCCACCAUAUUCGAACCAAAGCUUAAGGAGAAGAAGGAGGGGGAAGAAAAGAGAAAGAAGGAGGAAAACUUGAGGAUUAACAAGGUACUUCAAGGACUUUCACGGAGUUGAAAGGGUCGCCGGAGUGUCGCCGGAGUUCGUUGAAGUUCACCGGAGUUUCACCGGAGCUCAAUAAGAAAGGCUAGAACUUCAUAAGCUUCUUUUGAGGUUGAGGCUAGAGUCCUACUACCUGCACCUUCGCCAAGGGUGAUUGAUCAAAGAGGAAGACGUGGUUCGUGCUUCCAUUCUUAUUCAAAGUUUAUAAACUGCUCAUGGAUGUUUUUAACAAUGUUUUCCAUUAAAACAUUUGAGGGGCCUGCGUGUCCGUAUUUGCCACGUGUGGCUAAGUAUCAAACAUAUCUUAUUUUCCGCAUUCGUUGACUAAUAUAUAUUGAUGUUGAUUGUAUGGGUUUACUAAUCGGUUUGGCAAUAGAACUCAACGGACGCCUUGUAUGAUUCAAUAAGAAUGAACUACGUUGUUCUUAUUGGGUUGUACGGCGGUUGUCUACGUGGCACGGAUGCGGUCCGGGGCGUGACAAUUAAGUGGUAUCAGAGCCAUCGAUUUCUAAACUAUAUAAUUAACCUCUCAAUAUAGUAUCAUCAAAAAAGUUUUGAACAAAACCAUGAGCAAAAGUUUUUGUACUUAAGGAACCGUUGGAAACCAAGUUAUUGACCUCUUAUUGUUAAGACGGUACCCUUAACAGUUUGUUGGCCAUAAUAUUGGACCAAGUGGUGUCUUUUGCACUAUUCUGUCAAUUGACAUUGAUACGAGUCUAACGACUCAUUCCAAAUUUCUUUCAGAAAUGGAGGGUAGACACAUGGCUACGAGGAACAACCCGAGAGGGCAAACUCAGGCGACGUCCGUAGGGGCCAGCCAGGUUGCAUCUCGGGGUGCGAGAGGCGGUAGGAGAGGCCGUGGAGGCCGUGGAGGCCGUGGAAGCCGUGGAGGUCAUCAGGCUCAAACCGUGAGCGAUGGCCAUGUUAGCUCGGUGCAUGGGACUCACACCGAGGAUUAUGACUCAACAUAUGUUCCCGAGACGGAACAUGAGGAGACCCCAUAUGAUGGGGGUGAUACGUACACUGAUGAUGACAAUGAUGAGAGUGAUGCCAAAUUCGCCCAGAUGGGUGAAUUGUUUGAGUGGUAUCAAAAGGAAAAGCUGAGGAGAGAUCUUAGGCGCCAAGCUAGGCGUGCCUCUCAGGGAGGUUCGGGUCAGGGAAGCCGGGGGGCUUCAGUGGCCAUCCCUGUGGCGACACAGGGGGUACAGGGGGGAGGUUUCUGUGUAAGAAUCUCCAAAUACCUCAAGGAGGCGAGGGCCUUGGGGUGUAAGUCAUUUGAUGGCAAGGGUGAUAUAUCGGUGGCUGCCGACUGGAUCAAGAAAUUGAAUGAGGCUGCUAGGGAUAUGCAGAUCGGGCUUGACAUAAAGCUAACGAUUGCUACCAGGCUACUAGAGGGGGUAGCUGCUGUAUGGUGGGAAGGCGUGGAAGGAAAGUUCCACGGUGAGACCACCUGGGAGAAAUUUGAAGUAGAAUUCUAUAAUCAGUACUACUCAGAGUUCGAAAAGAACCAGAAGAGGAAGGAGUACAUGACCCUGGUACAGGAGGAGGAUUGCUCGGUGAGGCAACUGGAACAAAGGUUCCGGGACUUGGCACGGUACAUACCCGAGUACGCCAUGGAUGAGAACCGUAUGGCUAAUCACUUCUGGGACACCCUACACUUGGAUAUCCGUGAUCGGGCUACCUACAAUCAUCACAUGACCUUUAGUGAGAUUGUGGAUCAGGGGCUACUUGGGGAAGCCAAGUGGAAUGAAAGGAAGAAGAGAGACGCCGAAGAGGCGAAGAAGAGAAGAUGGGGGAAUUCUGGACCCCAAGACCAUUCUCGGAAACAUCACGCCGGGAAUGGAAGAUCAUUCAGGGCGCCGGAACCACCGGCAAAGAAGAGUAAGGGCCCAGGAGGGCAAGGGCAUAGCUCGGGGAGCGUGAGGCCACCAAGGUGUCCAAACUGUAACAGGAAUCACUCCGGGAAGUGCAAUGAACCACCCCGGUGCUACAAGUGUGGUAGCACAAGCCACCUCAAACCCUCUUGCCCAAUGUUGAGUGGAGGUGGGCCAUCGGGAGCUGUGGAGGCACCUACGUCUGGAAGGGGUCGUGCAGGACCAUCUCAGGGCGGCACGGGAAGGGGCGGACCUACGGCAAGCAAUGCCGCGUCCGUUAACCAAGGUAGGACCCAGGCACGAGUGUAUGCAAUGACCGAGGCGGAUGCGCGAGCAAACCCGGACUCCGUUGCAGGUUGAGGCUAGAGUCCUACUACCUGCACCUUCGCCAAGGGUGAUUGAUCAAAGAGGAAGACGUGGUUCGUGCUUCCAUUCUUAUUCAAAGUUUAUAAACUGCUCAUGGAUGUUUUUAACAAUGUUUUCCAUUAAAACAUUUGAGGGGCCUGCGUGUCCGUAUUUGCCACGUGUGGCUAAGUAUCAAACAUAUCUUAUUUUCCGCAUUCGUUGACUAAUAUAUAUUGAUGUUGAUUGUAUGGGUUUACUAAUCGGUUUGGCAAUAGAACUCAACGGACGCCUUGUAUGAUUCAAUAAGAAUGAACUACGUUGUUCUUAUUGGGUUGUACGGCGGUUGUCUACGUGGCACGGAUGCGGUCCGGGGCGUGACAUAUGUUGUCCAUCGAUUUAAACAUAUUCUGGUUUCAAUCACGAAAUUAAAAUACUCUAAUUGUAUUUAUGUUGCCAGAAAAUACAAAUAUUUAACAAAUAAUCCUUUAAAAUAUGUAGUUUCUUAAUGGAUCCUUUAUGUCUUUUGCCAAGGCUAAAACGGGAAUCUUAUCCUACAUGUGGUGGAAUGUUUGGUCUUACUCUGAAGCUGAAAGUCUUAAAACACGAUUUAAGGAUCUGGAAUAAAGGAGUGUUUGGAGAUGUAUACAGCUCGGUGAGGAGGAGGCUUUAGCAGCAGAAAAAGACUUGAAGAAAUAUUCUGAGCUUUAACUUCUUUUUUACGAACUGACAUUCUGAGCUUUAUCAACUGGAGGAGACCUGUAAUCAUGAAGGUAUAUUAAAAUACACUUGAGUUAAUUACGGAGGACGACAACAACCAAUUAAAACCACAGUGAU